AUGGCAGCUCCUUCUGAAUUACACUCAUGGUCUGAUCUUCCACAGGAACUCCUUGAGUUGAUCUUCACUUCCACCAAAUACCCAGCAGACAUCAUUCGGUGCAGUGCCGUCUGUCUUUCAUGGCACUCUGUUGCUUCAACCCUUUACCGCAAAGUCUUCCCACUCUUCAUUCUCCAAACCGGGGAAAAAGAACCCUACUACGGCGGACGCACUCUAUUCAAUAUCUCCCCACACGGUAACCGCAAAAUCAACCUUCCUGAAGAAUUAUCGCCGGAGGGAACAGCUAACAAACCCUUCUACUACUUCGGAGCCAGCAACGGAUGGUUGUUAACCGUCGGGUCCAUCCCGCCGUUCGAGAUUCAUCUCUUGAAUCCUUUCUCCGGGUUCCGAAUCCUCCUUCCGACAUUAUAUCCAAAUUUUCCUCCUUCCCUGCUGAGGAUCCCUAAAGAAUGGACCAUAACAGGCGUCAAGGUCUCCUCCUGCCCUUCUCGCCCACUCUGCUUCAUUGUCGUCACUUUCUUCUUCGGGCUUCGCGGAGUCAUCUGCAGAGCAGGGGACACCCAAUGGAAGGAUAUUGACCGUCGUUGUUUUGAGGACUUGAUGAUAUAUAAUGAUCGUCUCUACAGCUUAGGCCCCAUGAUCGCAGCAGACAAUAUCUUCAGUUGCGAAAUCAACAAUGAUUCGGAGAACCCAGGGAAUAUAACGUGUGAACAAUGGAGAAAUCGGCCAAUUCCUAGGUCGACCAACCCUGCCAUUCUGUACAUAGUAAAGUCGCUUUCCGGUGAGUUCUGGCUGGUGAGAAAGAGUUUUCACGACGGCAGUAAUGGGGAGCGCAUCGGUAUUGAAUCGUUUCAGGUGUUCAAGCUCGACCUAGAGAAGAAUAAGUGGACGCGAGUGUAUGAUCUGGGAAGCCAAGCGUUGGUUAUUACGGAGACGCCUCACUGUGCCGCAGCUUUAGCAGGCGGAACUUCUGCGACGUCGUUUAGAAGCAACUGCAUCUACUAUGUGAAUCAAAGACCACAACGCAGUCGUUCUGAUGUGGAAAAAUAUGAUGUUGAGUCUAAACGCGGUCCUUUUUAUCUGGGAAGAUACGAUGUUGAGACCAUGCAUACCGACUGGUUUGAUCCCCAGUCUCCAGCCCAAAUUUUCUUCUCAAUUAGUAAUUAA